CAGUAAUUUAUAUUUUAUCAUUUACUAAAUGAUAUGAAGUCGGGAAUCGUCUCUCAUUCAGGACGCGACCCCAAAAAGGCACAAAACACAUUAUAUAAACUGAUAUUAGUUCUAAAAACAACUCCCAAGAACCGCAAACAAAAAGAAAACUAACUUAUUAAUCCGCGACCCAAAAGUAAAUCAAGCCAAACAGGCCAAUUCGAACGUACACUGACAUCAGAAUGAAUAUUUGAAUCAUGCUUUUUGCUUAUCGUGCGUCUAACUUGCGCCAAUACAGUCAUGUACGAGCAAAAUGCACGAUAACUACAUAAUUAACAUGAUUCAAAUAUCAUUCUGAUGUUGUCGCGUUCGGUAAGUUCUACCUCCUAAAUGUCUCGUUGGGGAUGAGGAUUUAUAAAUGAGGAGGCAGAAGAACGGUCAAAAUGUUUAUUACCACAACCAGCACAGUUGGUAAAAAUGGGUAAAAUAAUGUGGUUCGCGCUAAUACUAUGCAAGAUCGGAAUCCGUUAGUCGUUUGUAGCCAGAGUACUCCCCUGACGGUGCCGAGGUGGUAGGCGCCGAUUUUUCUGGUCGGCGCUGAGUUCAGCGCAGCUGCAAACUACGUGGCGCUGGGUCGGGAAAAGGGCCAGAAGCACGCCAGUAGCAAAACGGCAAGCGGGCGGCAAGCAGGAAGCCAAUAAAAGUCACUCUGGACUUUGGACCCCAAUUUGGGGUACACUUAAAAACAUAAUGAAACACCACAGUGAUUUUAUAAUAGUCGAGGAACACGUAGGGACGAAGUUAAAAUUCGAUUACGGAUUCGUUAUUUCAAACCGUAGCAGAGAUCGAUAAUUAAGCGACGUGCGUUCCACUCAACUUCAUAGGUAGAAUCUAAGAGCAAGCGGCGGCGCGCGAUGACACAGCGCACCGAUCACUGCACUUCAUUCAUGCACUCGCGGAUGUGAGCAUUAUUGUGAGCGAAUGUAAUAACUAUGGCGCGACAUAUUCAAACUAAUCAGCGUGAAGAUGAUUUUAUAAUCUUAAAUACAUAGUUUUAAGAUCGUAUUGUUGUAUAUAUUAGUGUGUAAUAUAGUUAAAUAUAUUUUUAAUUAGGUAAGUAGUAGCUCUUUAAGGUCUAUUUUAUUAAACAUGUAACGUAUUACGUUACAAUGUGACGGCCGGAUUCGAACUUUAAGAUACGUAUCUAGACCUAAUAUUUGACGUAUCUUAAACUUGGAAUCGGGCCGUCAGUGUAAGUUCGAAUUCGCCUGAAAGAUUAGUAAGUAGCGUGGCUCGGAGCUGGCAUCCCCGGCGUAGCGCCGGCAGUGCUCGUCGGCCGCCGCGCGUAGCGCCCGCGACGCGUGCUCCGCUACGCCGUAGCCGCGAGCUACGAUUCUUUGUGGUUAUUCUCGAGUGAAUAGUAGCGCUUAGAGCUUGACACAUUUACUGUGCAGUGAAUGGGAACUUUGAAAACUCUCUUUAUUGUUUUCGUUUAAACUUUCUUUUGUUUGUUUUAUGUUCCGAGUGAAGUGUAACAGUGAGUGAUGGGCACAAACAGAAAUGAUUUUGAAAAAGUGAAAGUGUCUUAAACUAUGAAGUUAUAGUGCUCAAACAAUGCUAAACGGGACGGCCGAGCGGGGACUGUCAUUACAGUCCUCGCCCGUUAAAGUGUCAACGUCGCCUGUCCGGGCAUCACCGAGCCCCGUGCGGGCCCCGCCGUCUCCGCUGAAGUCGUCGCUGUCGCCAGCGGGCCGGCAGCGUUCGCCGCGGCGUUGCCAGUUCGCGGCCCCGGCCGAGGAGUCAAAGGACAAGUGUGGGACGGGGUGGCUAUGCCGGCGCGGCGCCGGGCAGCUCGAGGAGCCCGAGCCGGAGCGCGCGCCCGGCCCCAGCGCGCCGCAGGGCUGUGAGGACUCCGCCCCGCCACCCAAAAACUGCUUCCGGCUUGUUAUGCUCGGAUCAGCUCGCGUGGGCAAGACGUCGCUGGUGGCGCGCUUCCUCGGCACCAAGUUCGAGGACUCCUACACGCCCACCAUCGAGGACUUCCACCGCAAGCUCUACCGAAUUAGAGGAGAGGUGUACCAGUUGGACCUACUGGACACUUCAGGCAAUCACCCCUUCCCGGCCAUGAGGAGACUCUCCUUCCUGACAGGUGAUCUGUUCGUGCUAGUCUUCGCUAUGGAUAGCCGGGAGUCCUUCGAGGAGGUCAUCCGCCUGCGGGAACAGAUCCUCGACACCAAGGCCAGCGCCAUCAGUGGAGGCAGCCGCGGCCGGAGGCAGGUGCCGAGAGUGCCCAUGGCCAUCGCAGGCAACAAGUGCGACAGAGAGCUCAAGACUGUACAACCAGAAGAAGCAACCGCCUACUGCGCCACUCAAGACGGUUCUUGCGUCUUUGUGGAGACCUCCGCCAAGAAGAACUACCACGUCGACGACCUCUUCUACGAGCUGUUCGUCGUCGCCAACCUACCCCUAGAAAUGGCCCCGAACCACCACAAACGAGUCAAUACAACCUUUGGCAGCCCAUGCACCUUACCUCCGACCAGCAGCCAAAGCAAUAGAAGUAAGAAAUGCACACUAUCCAUCAAAAGAAGGCUGUCGGAUGCCUGCGGCGUUGUAGCCCCAAACGUGAGAAGACCGAGCAUCCGGACGGACCUUAUGAUAAUGAGAACCAAGACUUGUGCCAAAGGAGAUAGUGACAGUGCCAGUGGGAGUCCGAAGCUGACCCUGAACCGGCUGGUGCGGUCUAGCGGACAGAGUGAUAAGAGAUCGUGCGCUAUUCAGUGAUAUUUGUAAUGUGUCACUUAUUGUAGGUAUGUUACAGAUGUUGGAUCGAGAUAUUUUGAGGCAACAAAUGGCGAGUUAGUCAGGUCAUCAUAUCAGUCUUCCGCAGACAGAUAAAUCAGAAUCGAAAUCAGAUACACUUAUUUGAAGUUAAAGCUCAUAUAAAAUAUUGAUUCAUAGAGGGAUAUUAAUCUAAGAUCAGUACCUUUAUGUAAAAAUUAAGACUGGCUCACUAAAGUUGCCCUAAAGAAGUGCUCACACUAACUUCUGUCGUUUUGGCACGUUAUUUUAAGUAAACGGGAUUUCAUCGCGUCACUUAAUAUAAUUAUUUAUUCCAUUCUACGUUUCGGUCAACGUCAAGUUUUUGGUCACAAGAAGACUGGCAGAGAGUUUCAAUAUAUUUAGCUUCGCGGUAUUAACGCUAUCCGCACUUGGUUUUGAUUAUUCACUUUUAAGCUAGGGUUGUCAAUGUUGACAUACAACACUCACUAUAUCUGAUGAUUUGAAGGUCAAUAUUAUUUCACUCAUCAUUUUGCCAGUUUUCCAGCAAGAACGUUAGGUACUUUUCGUUCGAAACGUUAGGAGAAGUUAAACAUAAGUAAUGUACGCGAUCAAGCCCUUUUUAGUUAAAAUAAAAUGAUACUAGGAAAUCACGGCCCACGAGGUUUCGUGCGAGCCAACUGCAAUAGCCCGUACAAACCCCAUUAGCUGAAUAACCCCUUUAUAAAUUGAUGAGAGGCAAAUUGGCUCCGUGACACGGUACUGGUAAUUUUCAAUGCAUUGACUUCGUGUUAACCCUUUCAAUAUUGCCUUGGACUUUCAUUCUUUACGGUGGGAGCAGCAUCAGUAAAUACAGUAGCAUUUAUGUAGAUCGUCAAUUUCAAGGCUCAUUUAGGCGAUGCGGGUUUGCGGAUGCGAUCAUAAUGUAAUCAUACAUUGAGGUAUUUGAUCGAUCAAUUAAAUUGGCUGUAUCUCAGUAAUCGGCAAUGUAAGUAAACUGCCACGCAAGUUUUAGCACCAUCUGAGCCUUAACGUAAGCAAGAGCCUAUCGUAUGCAGCACGUAAUCGUGAAUGCACUAAUGUUGAUAUCGUGCGGUGGCCGCGGGCGUCAGUUGAUAUCAUUGGCGGUCAGUGGGUUUAGUGCUGUUAGUUCCCUACAUCGAAAACUUUUUGUAUGAUCCCGAAGUUAAUGCACUGAAUUUAUAUAGCGCAGUAGCGAGCGCCAACGUUACGUCGAGCAGCAGCCAUAGUGUUGACUAGACGCCGACGCUCGGGAGACGCUAGUGUGCGGUGGCUCUAAAUGUCCAGGUAAUUCUGUAAGCGAUGCAUCCGAGUUGGUACUAAGUAUUGUUACGUAUUAUAAAGGUUUGUUAGGCUAAUGACAGUGAAUGCCUUGUUGCUUUAAUGCCGUUGGAUAAUAAUAGUAAGGUAUGCGGCGGUGCGUGUUUAUUGUUGUCGAGCUUGAAAUGUGCUAUACUGAUGUCCAGAAUUAAGGAGAUUAACUGACUACAGUUUGAGAAAGUAUUUUUGGCGCAGGUGGACCUAUGUCAAAUAUAAAUGUGACGGUAUGGAGCCUAAAUAAAAGUCGGAAAUAAUCUCUUCAUAUUCCUGGCACUACUUUAAUGAAACGCGCCGGCAGUGGUUUUCAUCAACAUUGCCGGCCAUUCAUUGUGUCAAUUUACUCUGUAAUUCUGGAUAAGAGAUAAGAAUUUGAGAGUUUUGGAACAAAUUAAAGUUAUCUGGUCAAAAGAGACCCUCAAAGGAGUGUGAAUUUUAAAGGUUAAUAGUAUUUCUUCAAAAAGUGUACACGGUUUUUAAAAAGUUUGACUUACAUGUAAAAACGCCGGGCACAGACGGGAAUAAGUGCUUUCAUAUAAAUGAUUUCCAUUUGUUCCCGCCUCAUGUAUGGCGGUGGUCACCAGGGAAAAUACACCGUAAAAACACUGAAGAUGUAAGCGUCCAUGACAUACGAUAGCUGCCUACUGUCUGGCAAGGUGUGUGCUUAUUUGCCACCCACAUAGUAAGAAAUUGUGUGCUCGGUAUGCUAACAAGUCUCUUUUGCCUGUAACAACUAAAAAUAUUUAGUAAAUAUUAUAAAAUCUAAAACAAUAUGUAAUGUUUAUUCUACUUCUAAUACAGACGGCCUGAUUCGAACUUGAACAUACUUACGUCAAAUAUGACGAUAUGAUUGAUAUACGUUUUUGUUUGAAGAAACGACACGUUUGACCCUGACAUAUUCGAUCUAUAUCGUAUCUAGACCAUAUUUUCAAAUAUUUGUCGUAUCUUAAAGUUCAAAUCGAGCCGAGAAUUAUUUUUCUCUUCUGACUGUUCCAUCCCAUAUCAUAUAUAACUUUAGUAAAACUAUUGUUAUUAUUUUUCUGACAAAAUUUUAAAUGAUUGUUGAAAUGGGACCAAAUAUCAAUUGCGCUCAUUUCUUUUAGACCUUUAAGAGGACUAAUCUCUUUGAUAUAUAAAGUUACAUAUGUGCGAGUUGCGGAAAGCUUCCAAAAAGUUCGAAUAUUUCUCGGAAAUUUUAGGAAAAAUUUCCAGGAAACUUUCAUUUAGGAAUUGGAAGUUUCCGGUUCCUAUACAAAAAUAUUACCGUGCAAAAUUUCGUAAUUUUGGAAAGUUUCUGGAGGCACAUCAGUAUAUAAAUUGAAUCUUCCUAUAUUUUUUGCUUAUUUGUUCCUUCUAUUCGGAGAUCGAAUCUCAUUGUCUAUGAAUGUGUAUGCUUUCUUUAUUGACUUGUACCUAAAUAAAUAAUCUACAAGCUUACUGUACUAUUAAAUUUGAUUCAUGUCACCUUGCAAAGGUAUUUAUCAUUGUAUUUAUCUACAAUAUACCUUCAUGUCUACAUUCUACAUUAUAAUCUUUUGUAACCACCUUUUACCUAAUAGUUUAAUGAUAAUAAACAAUGUUUGUAUCUGUUUGUUUUAUUAAAAGGUCCCAAAUAUCACAAAUGUUUAUGAUUAAAUUAUACAGAGUAGGUUAAAUACGGAAACUAGCUUCAAUAGAAGGUCGUUAAACAUUUUUUUCGAGCAACGAAAACGCUGUGUUUAGUUUGCUAUAUUAAGUAUAUUACUGAAUCGGAGUGCCUGACAGCGGUUUAUUGGUGGUGGUUUGUGAUAGUAAAAAAGAAAAAUAUCUGUCCCUAGUAUAGAGCUACCUAUCAAUCAAUCAAUCAAUUGACACCUUUUUAGUAAAAAUCCGAUCAGAAUUACGGAGUUUUAAUAAAAGACCUGAAACCAAAAAAAUAAAUAAAAUUGAGAAACCCCUCUGUUUUGGAGCCGGCUAAAAGAAAGGUCAAUGAUAUGUACUUACUGCUGUGACGCGACGACCCGAAGUGGAUCUUAGCCUCCGACACCAAAGACCGCCAUGCUUCUCUGUCCCAAGCCGUUUCUGUCCAGUCGACGGCGCCGAGUUCGCUAAGGUUCGGUAAAGGCAUAGUCAUAGUCCGGAUGGGUAAAAGUCGUGCAGUCUGGAACUCUUACUCUGAAACACCAAAUAGCCGAAGACCGUCUGGACGUCUAGGUACCGCUGGAUAGACGAAGUGCAAAAAGGUAAAUGAUACUUCUCCAAAAUAAGUUGAUCCUUCAAGCGGUCUUGAACAUCCCUUUUCAUGUUGAGUGUCGAGAUUGCGUGGGAUCUGUACUCGUAAGUGAUGUUUGAUUAGGACUCCAUUAAGCCCGGCUCACACUUAGAGGAGCUAAGCACUAUUGUUUAGGUAGCCUUUUGUAGGUAUUACAUAAAAUUCCAAUCAAUCUGUUUUAUUUAGACUUACUUAGUAAAUUAUGUGUUAUGUGUAGACAAAACAUACAAACUAAAAGUUGAACAAUUAAAAUAGUAUCACACUAUUUUUUGUUCCCGUUUUGGUGCACGGAA